GCUCAAAAUGAAAGUGAAACGAUCCUCAACUUCAGCCACGAGGCGCGGUUCUGGUUGCUCCAGGAGGAGAAGUCGUGUCACCAUGUCCUGGUUGCCUCGGGACCGACUGUGUUCGGCAGUGGCCUGGCUGUUGCGCCGGACCCUGUUCAUCCGCAGGCUGUUCGCUCCUAUGACCAGGUACCUGCGGUCACUGACAGGCUGGACGGGGGAGCGCAGCGGUGAAGACGGGCCGCAGCUGCCCGACCAACAGGCCGACCUGUUGGAGGCAGGUCGGCAAGGGAGGCCCGAGGAGUGUGGGGGCUCAGGGGGUCAACGUGAGGCCAAGCCGAGGGUCCCUGAAGAAGACCCGGAACAGGAGGAGGAGGAGCAGGAGGAUGAAGAGUGUGACAGUGAGCAGUACAGAGUUGACAACACGGAUGAGUUGUACUGUGGUUAUGAUUCCACCUGGGAAACAGAGCAGACUGAGGAGAGUCCAGCAGCGUCUUCUCAGAUCAGGCCGCAACGUUGGAACCAGGACAUGUCCUCUUACAAAUUUAACAGAUUUGAAAAUGCUGCAAGAGACAUGCACAACUACAGGCACGACUACCCUUCCCAGAUCAGGCAACGUUGGAACCAGAACAUUGCCUUUGAUUACAAUCCCAAUUUGGAGUUCUACCUUGGAAACAAACCCUCUUUACCUGAUGGUAUCUACAUUCACGAUUUCCAUAACGAAUGGUUUGGAAACUACACAAAUCUGGAGUAUGUACACACUUUCAUUCAAUGGUUGUUCCCACUGAGGGAACCAGGCAUGAACCAGGAGGCCAGUAUACUGACAAGAGAAGAAAUUGAGGCUUUUCUCAGAAAUGACACUGCGAGGGCAAAUCUGCUGAAGUCAUAUGAGCUCAUGUUGGACUUCUAUGGCAUCGAGUUGUGUGACAAGAAAACAGGCAAAGUCAGUAGAGCCUCAAACUGGAAAGACAGAUUCUGCAACCUGAACAAUCACACUCACAACAACCUGCGCAUCACCCGCAUCCUGAAGUGCCUGGGAACCCUGGGGUUCCCCCAUUACCAAGCCCCCCUGGUCCACUUCUUCCUGAAGGAGACACUCGUCAACGGAGAACUUCCAGACGUCAAAGACAGUGUCCUCAACUACUUUGUGUUUGCUGUGCUCGACAAGAAGCAGCGCAGGAGGCUCAUCAAGUUCGCCUACUUGAAAUAUGACCGUAAAGAUGAGUUUGUGUGGUGCCCGAGGAAAAUCCAGAUGAUGUGGUCAGCGCAGUCAGCGUCCAAGUCACAGGAAGGAGUGGAAGGUGAAAAUGAUGUUAAAAUGUUGUGAGUCUGAGAAUCCGAAUGAAGACAAUGUACAUAAAGCCCAAGACAAAGUAAAUUAACUUCAGUACAUCUGAUUACAAUGUUGAAAACCUCUCACUGGACAUGCUGAUGGGUUAUGACUGUUUCAAUAGAUUUACCUUCACAGCAACAGACGAUGUAAAUACAUAUAUAUUUUCUUAAUUUUUCAAUCUUCCCCUCUCACUUUUACAAAAUAAUGUGUAUAGUUCUGAAGGGGAUGUAAGUUUUACAGAAAAAGUCUGCUUUUGUGUUUUCUGAUAAUAAAUACCUUAUAUGAUCAAA